AGCGGGCUCACGUAGAUGACUCCGCCUCAUUCUCUUCUCAACUGUGGCCCACUUCUUGCUGAGACCUCACACUCCCUUUCAUAGCCAGCUCUCCUGAAAGCCCUUCUGAAAUCACACCUCCUCCAAGAGGCCUUCCCCGCUUGAUUUCCAGCCUCCCCACCGUAUGUUUCCCAACUUUCAAAAGCCACCUAAUCACCCACGUUCUCUCAAUCUCAUUUAACACUUACGCACGCAUCUAUUAUCCUCUCUUACUUCCUCCUAUUUUCAAUGCGUACCUCAUCCCGCUCGAUUGUAAGCUCCUUGAGGGCAGGGUCACGUCUUCUUGCUCGGUUGUACUCUACCAAGCGCUUAGUGCUGUCUUCCGCCUGAGCCGGAAGGCGGAUGAUGAACCAAGGCAACGGUCAAUCAAUGGUCUUUGUGUUUGAUGUUGGAAAGAAAACCUGGAAGUUUUAUGAUUGGUCUCAAAUUACAACCGUGGCAGCAUUUGGAAAGUAUGACCCGGAACUCAUGUGUCACGCUCAUUCGCAAGGCUCCAGGAUAGUGCUGAAAGGAGAUGUCCCCUUAAAAGAUAUUGUUGAUCCGGCAUUCAGAGCGUCUUGGGUAGCCGAACAACUGGAUUUGGCCAAGAAACAGUAUAUGGAUGGAAUUAAUAUAGAUAUAGAGCAAGAAGUUAACGACUCCUCACCAGAAUAUGACGCAUUGACCGCUUUGGUUAGAGAGACGACGGAAGCAUUCCAUUCGGAAAUUCCAGGAUCACAGGUAACUUUUGACGUAGCUUGGUCUCCGAAGUGCGUUGACCGAAGAUGCUACAACUACAGCGGGAUCGCGGAGGCCUGUGACUUCCUAUUUGUGAUGUCUUACGACGAACAGAGUCAGAUCUGGACGCAGUGCGUCGCAGCAGCCAACGCGCCUUACAACCAGACCCUGCUCGGGUAUGAAGACUAUAUUCGAAUGGGCAUCAGCCCAGGGAAACUUGUUAUGGGCGUUCCCUGGUACGGUUAUGAUUACACUUGCAUAGAUUUAUUAGAGGAUCGCGUGUGUACCCUUCCCAAAGUCCCUUUCCGAGGGGCUCCAUGCAGCGAUGCCGCGGGACGGCAAAUUCCCUAUGGAGCCAUAAUGAAGCAAGUGAACGGCUCCAUCUCCGGAAGCCAGUGGGACGAGGAGCAGCAGGCCCCGUAUUAUAACUACAGGGACCCUGCUGGCCGCUUUCACCAAGUGUGGUACGAUGACCCACGGAGCAUUUCCGCAAAGGCAGCCUAUGCCAGGGACCGGGGCUUAAGGGGCAUCGGCAUGUGGAAUGGAAAUAGCCUUGACUACUCCGGGGGGCCCGAGGCCCAAAAAGAGACGGAGGAAAUGUGGCAGGCCUUAAAACCUUAGCUCCGACACACCGAGCGGGAACGAUCGGAGAGCCCGGAACGUGCGCUCGAGCGCGACUUCUUCUUUUUAAAGACAAUUUUCUCUAUAUAUACUGAACUUUAAUCACGCUCACAGCCUAAUGUCGCCCAUGCUAGCCAACAUUUCCAGGAGGUUGGGACGAAGAAAACGCUGCCAUUAUCCGACGGAAGUUCGCUUCUUCACGAAGUCGGCCUUGCAGAUGGCAAAAUACCCAUUCUUUAAAAAAAAAAAACUUUUUGAAAAUAAUCCCCGUUUUUGCAUCCGAUAUCGUGAAUAUUUAAAAUUGACUGCGCAGCGUCUUCUUUUAGGGCUAUCUAGCCGUUGCAAAUGGCGGGUGAGAUCUUUGCUCUGGCGAGGCAGAUAAUGUCGGGAAGAAAUUUUCCGUUCGGGGUGGCAAGCGAUUCUCCCUGCCGUCCUUGACGAUAUUCCGAAUCGCACCUCACCUUUUACAGCGCCCUGCGCCCAGUAAGCGCUCAAUAAAUACGGUGGAUUUUACAGUUACUGAACGUUCUGCUCAUUAGACUGUGAGCCCACUGUUGGGUAGGGACCGUCUCUAUACGUGGCCAACUUGUACUUCCCAAGCGCUUAGUACAGUGCUCUGCACACAGUAAGCGCUCAAUAAAUACGAUUGAUGAUGAUGAUGAUUAGAAGCUUUUCGGCUUUAACCUUUUCGUUUUCAAGUGUUCAUUUUUUUUUUUUUUACAUUUGUAUCGCUUCCAGUUUCAAAUAUCUUGACGCUGUGUUCUCGGCGGGUGUUCCUCUUUCUAAAUGAACUUCCCAUUUCUGCUUUUUCUGCUCUUUUUCGUGUGAUUAUUAAACGAUCUUAGUUAAGCA